AUGUCGCGCCCUCUAUUUUAUCGCAUUUUUUCUCACGUUGUCAUGCACAACCAGUUCUUGCGCCGUGGGCUAAAACCAGAUUGCACGGGAAAGUCUGGUGCUUCACUCUUGCAGAAGGUAGUCGCAUCCUUACGGUACUUGGCAUAUGGCUUUCCUGCAGAUAGUUUAGAUGAAUAUGUUAGACUAGGGAAGACAACUACGCUGCAGUCGAUGAAACAAUUUUGCUGGUCGGUUGCACAACAAUUUGGUCCCCGUUAUUUGCGCGCGCCCACCGCCACAGAACUUAACGAGAUUGCCUCCUCGCUUGAAAAACUAGGAUUCCCUGGCUGCAUUGGGUGCUUGGAUUGCGUGGGGUGGGAUUGGGAGCAGUGCCCCAAAGCGUUUCAGGGCAUAAAUGUGGGGAAAGAAAGGAAGCCUACGUUACGUAUGGAAGUGAUCUGCGACAUGGACCUAAGAAUUUGGCAUUUAUGUUUCGGCUUUCUGGGCUCGAUGAACGAUAUUAAUAUUCUUAGUGUGAGUCCACACUUCGCAAAUAUUCUAAAUGGGAGUUAUCCCCCGAUUGAUAUACAGUAUGUUAUAUUGAUGGAGAGGUGUUCACUUGGAGUUACUAUUUAG